UUCAGAGCGUCUCUGUAGCUUUCUCCUCUGUGCGCUCUCCGACCUGGAACGCGAGGAGCGCGCUUGGAGCAGAGAGAGAGAUUUCGUUAGGGAAAAGUUAACGUCAACUUAAUCAUUCUGGGAUACUGACAUCUUGGUGAAAGUCGUUGUCACUCUAUUAACCAAUUCCAACGAAUCCCAAGUGAUCAUGAUAUGUUACCUUUUUAGACCAUAACUAGAUCUGACCAAUGCGCGGAUCCGCUGCGCAAAUGGUGCGCUUGGAUAGUUAAGUCUGCUGUCAACAAAAGGCCGAAUAACUGAAUUUCUCGGAUCACACCAAGUGUCCAACACCACUGAUGUCAUGGCAGCAUUGAGGAGGAAAUUCGGGGAGGACUAUCAGGUCGUGAACACGAGUCGGGGAACCACUUUCUCUGCUCCGGUCAAGAAGAAGCGCCAGCGUUUUGUUGAGAAGAACGGCCGUUGUAACGUCCAGCACGGAAAUCUCGGUGGAGAAACUAGCAGGUACCUAUCAGAUCUAUUCACAACACUAGUGGACUUGAAAUGGCGAUGGAACCUGCUCAUUUUCAUCUUAACUUACACAAUAGCUUGGUUAGUUAUGGCAUCUAUGUGGUGGAUCAUUGCCUAUAUCAGAGGGGACAUAGGCAAUGGCCACGACCAAUCAUAUACUCCAUGUGUCGCCAAUGUGUACAACUUCCCCUCAGCUUUUCUCUUUUUUAUCGAGACGGAGGCGACCAUCGGUUAUGGCUAUCGCUACAUUACAGAAAAGUGCCCUGAGGGCAUCAUCCUCUUCCUCUUCCAGUCACUUCUGGGCUCCAUCGUGGACGCGUUCCUCAUCGGCUGCAUGUUCAUCAAGAUGUCCCAGCCGAAGAAGCGAGCUGAGACGCUGAUGUUCAGCCAGGACGCGGUGAUCUCGCAGCGCGACGGGAAACUCUGCCUCAUGUUCCGGGUGGGAAAUCUCCGUAAUAGCCAUAUGGUGUCUGCUCAGAUCAGGUGUAAACUCAUUAAGUCUCGUCAGACACCUGAAGGGGAGUUCCUGCCGCUGGACCAGUGUGAGCUGGACGUCGGCUUCGGGACGGGUGCUGACCAGCUCUUCCUGGUCUCACCGCUCACCAUCUGCCACGAGAUCAACUCCAAGAGCCCGUUCUUCGACCUGUCGCAGCGCUCGCUCAAGAGCGAGCAGUUCGAGAUCGUGGUUAUCCUGGAGGGCAUCGUGGAGACGACAGGUAUGACUUGCCAGGCUCGGACGUCCUACACAGAAGACGAGGUCCUGUGGGGUCACCGCUUCCUGCCUGUCAUGUCCCUAGAGGAUGGCUUCUUCCGCGUGGACUACUCCCAGUUCCACAGCAACUUCGAGGUGCCCACUCCCGCCUACAGUGUCAAGGAGUACGAGGAGAAGUCCUCGCUACCGUCGCCAGCGGCGACGCCACACCGCGACCGCGUCUUCUCCGUGGACUGCCUGGAGGCGGUGGAGGAGCGUGGCGGUCGGGGAGGGUCGGUGUCCAGCAGGCUGCCGAGCAAGCUGCAGCGCAUGAGCUCCUCGGGCAAGGAGGAUCUCCAGCGGAAGGUGCUGCGGCUGAGCUCACAGCCCGCCGAGCGGGCGUGCAGCACGGGCGACCUGCCACUCAAGCUCCAGCGCAUGGGCUCGUCGCCGUGCCAGGACGAGAUCGCGGGCGGCGGUGGCGGUGGUGGUGGUGGCGUGAGCGGCUGCGUUGGGGAAGACCAGGGGUUGCAGCUCAAGUCGCUCAAGGUGGGCUUUGAGGUCCACGGGGUGACGCGGUCCACGGGAGACCUCCACCGGCGCAGCCUGCUCCACACGCAGAUGCACGCUCCCCUCCACACGCCCCUCAGCACGCCCACACCCAAACGCCCAGAGGACAACUUGCCCGCAAAGCUGCGCCGCAUGAAUGCCGACCGCUAGCCUUUGCCCAGAGAGCCCAAAGGAAACGGUCUCAGAAUUGAACUGCUAACUCCCAAAACAGAUUUUGAAAGGAUGUAUAGAUAUAUAAUAUUUAAUAUGGACAAUAUGAAUUGAAUGGCGCAGGAGGCAUGACUUGGAUUUGGGUGGAUCGUUACCAAUUUAGCUGUUUUUGUUUGAGUCCGUCUUAAUUUUGACAACAAUAGGAAACAUGGAGAACAGCUCUUAACUGGAUUUACUGUGAUUUCAUUUCAAUCUUGUCUGGUAGUGACAGAGUAGACACUGGCACUUCUCUGUGUUGCACAUAUGCACACACACAUUUUGUCAUCUAUGCUCGUAUACAUAUUAUUCUGACCACACACACACACUCAAACAGUUCCUUGUUGUAUUUCUUAGUUUGGAAUGAAUAAAUUCUAUUUAAGAUGA